UCGUUUAGCAUGUCCAUUUUUUCUGAUUAAAAAAUAACUCUACUGUUUUAUCUCUCGUACAAGUUUUCCCUUUCUUGUUAUAACUUCAAUAAAUUAAUUUUUCACGGUCUUUAAAAAGACUCAACUUUUUAACAAUACCUCCACAUGGCUACUCAAAUUUUCUGAAAAAUGUCGGUAAAAUUUGUUUUGUUGCGAAAUUAUUUAGUUACUUUGUCAAUAUGUAAUUUCAAAAAUAUUAAUAUAGUCAAUUAUGUGUAAGAAAAAAUUAUAAAAAGUUAAUAUUUAAAUAAUGUUGAUUAAGACGAAUCUAACAAGAUUUCACACGACUUUUUUUUUUUUUAAUUAUAAAUAACAAAAAGAAGUCAAAGGAGUUUAAAUGAAUAGUGUCCAAAACUCAAUUGUGUCGUGUAAAUAAGAAAUAAAAAUGGAGGAAGUAUAAAGGGUCAAGAAAUUCAGUUUCAUUGAGAAAAAAUAAAAAUGGUAGCAGCAAGCUAUUCAACAAUGCAAUACCUGAAAGGGUUCAAAAACAGUAAAAUGAUACUGAGAGUGAGAGCAGAUCAAGAAUUUCCAUCAUUUUUACCCAAACAAAUCCAGAAAAUCAAAGACCCUUUUGCCAGAAACUUGGCUUUCAGAAUUGAACGUUUACCUGUUCAGGUUUCGUUCUCAGACACGUGCAUCAUGAGUAGCUGCAUAAGGCCAUCUAUUCAAGGUAACACCAACCCAGUCGUUCUCUUACAUGGGUUUGACAGUUCUUGUUUAGAAUGGAGAUGUGUUUACCCAUUACUCGAAGAAGCUGGCGCUGAGUGUUGGGCUGUUGAUAUUCUUGGUUGGGGUUUUUCCAACUUAGAACAGCUUCCACCUUGUGAUGUGGAAUCUAAGCGUGAUCAUCUGUACAAGUUCUGGAAAUUGUAUAUCAAAAGGCCUGUAGUACUCGUGGGACCAAGUCUAGGGGCUGCUAUCGCAAUUGACUUUGCAGUGAACCAUCCCGAGAGUGUCAGUAAAUUGGUUCUGAUUGACGCAAGUGUGUAUUCAGAAGGUAUAGGUGGAAUUGCACGACUGCCCAUUAUAAUUGCUAAUGCUGGUCUAGCAUUAUUAAAAAGCAUACCACUGCGGCUGUAUGUGAAUAAGUUGGUGUUUAAGAAUAUACCAUUGAGUACCAGCUUUGAUUGGAUGAAAAUAGGUCGAUUACAUUGCCUUUUGCCUUGGUGGAGGGAUGCAACGCUUAGUUUCAUGGCAAGUGGAGGUUACAAUGUUACUUCCCUGAUAAAACAGGUCAGACAACGGGCACUUAUCAUCUGGGGCGAGGAUGAUCAGAUCAUAAGGUACAAGCUUGCACAUAGGCUGUAUGGUGAGCUGCAAGAUGCCAUUCUGCGCCCUAUACCAGAUUGUGGACAUGUCCCUCAUGUAGAAAAGCCAUCUGCCGUUGCAAAGUUGAUCCUCAAAUUUGUUCAAGAUGACUACUAGCGCUCAACAAUCUAGUCUAUGGCGUUACUUUGACUCUUCACUUGACCAAACCCAAAUGUUGUUGUAAUUAAUUGUGUCAAACUGUAGAGAAUUCAUACUAAAAGUAUAUCAACCGGAUGGCAGUAGUUUUUAGUGAAAUAUAGAGAAUAUGUUAUUAGAUUAUUAAGGUCUGGGCUCAAUCAUGUGAAGUGGCAAUGCUUUUUUCUUGAAUGUCCACUACUCCACUCACGUCAACUUUGCUUGUUUUGAUGAUCUAAACUAGUUUUUGGGUCUGAGCGAUGUCUCGGGUUACUACAUUAAUAACAUUCAUAUUUACUUC